AUAUAAACUCACCUACACCCUCUUCCCCCUUGGACCCUUGUCUUCCUCUCACUCUCCACCACCAAACUCUCCUCCUCUCUUGCAACAUCAAACUCAUCCAUCCAUCCAUCGAUCUGAGAAAUCCAGCUUUCCAGUUCUUGGAUCUCCAUCGACCAUGGUGAGGCCGCCGUGCUGCGACAAGGACGGCGUCAAGAAGGGCCCGUGGACGCCGGAGGAGGACCUCGUCCUCGUCUCCUACGUCCAGGAGCACGGCCCCGGCAACUGGCGCGCCGUCCCGACCAGAACAGGGCUGAUGCGGUGCAGCAAGAGCUGUAGGCUCCGGUGGACCAACUACCUGAGGCCCGGGAUCAAGCGGGGAAACUUCACCGACCAGGAGGAGAAGCUCAUCGUCCACCUCCAGGCGCUCCUCGGCAACCGCUGGGCGGCCAUCGCGUCGUACCUCCCCGAGCGCACGGACAACGACAUCAAGAACUACUGGAACACCCACCUCAAGCGCAAGCUGCAGGGCGGCGGCGCCGGCGGUGACGGAGACGGUGGCGCCGCCGGCGACGCGGUCUCCCCGAAGCCCGCCGCGCAGAGGCCCGCGUCGUCGUCCAAGGGGCAGUGGGAGCGGCGCCUGCAGACCGACAUCGACAUGGCGCGCCGCGCGCUCCGCGAGGCGCUCACGUCGCUCGACGACGUCAAGCCACCGCAUCAGCCCGACGCCGCCAACGCCGCCGCGGGGGGAGGCGGCGCCACCACCGGAGCAGCAGCGUCCGCCGGCGCCGAUAGCCCCGCCGCGUCGAGCACGUCGGGGGCGUCGCAGUGCUCCCCGUCAUCCGCCGGCUACGUCCUCACCACCGAGAACAUCUCCCGGAUGCUCGACGGGUGGGCCCGGAAGAAGGGCGGCGGCGGCGGCAGGCGCGCCGCCGGCAGCGGGCCGGCCACCCCCGGCGCCACCGAGAGCGCGUCCGGCUCGUCGGAAGCCUCCGAGGUGUCCUACGGCGGCACGGCCUUGUCCGCAGCGGCGGCGCCCGCGUCCGCCUUCGAGUACGAGACAAAGCCGACCGUCACCGCCGCCGCCGCCGCCGACGCCGGCGACGAGACGCAGCUCUCCGCCAUCGAGUCGUGGCUGUUCGCCGACGCCGACGGCAUCGAGAGUGGCAGCUUGCUCGACGCGGCCAUGGAUUACACCUUCUAAUCCACACCACCACCAAACCAUGCAAGAAUCGUAGCGUAAGCGAGAGUGAGCAGCGAGUUCAUCACUAGCCCAACCUGAAAAAAGAAAAAUCGAAAACUACACAGAUCCUGAAGUCCUCUUGAUCUUGAUUUCUCUCUUGAUUAAUCACUUGGGAUCUGCGUAGUUUUCGCUUAGGAAAAAAAAAGAAGGGGAUUAGAGGCGUUGCUCUACUGUUAAUUGUUGUUACUGCGACUGAAUAUGGUCAUGGUAAUUUUGGUUUUUAGCUUGGAUUAAUCAAAUCACUAGUAACAAGGUUUACUAAUUAAGUAGAUCUCCACACGUUUGCAAGAUGCAGCGAGUGUGAGAGAGAAUAACGUGAGUAUGUCAUAUACUGCUGUAUCACUAACUCUAGUCAGUAGAUAAUUUAAUCAGUGGGCUUUGUCAAAUUUUUAAUUUUCCUUUUUAGGUGUUUGUCAAAUACUCAAAAGGUGGGAGUACAUAUAUAUCUGUUUGUCUAAAAAUUUGUAGUAAAAAGAAGAGGUUAAUGUAAUAAUUUGCCUGUGAAUAAAAUACUCAAAUGUGGAGUAUAAA